AAGCAUAAAAGCGUGUCAAUGCACACAAAACUACACACCGAUCGUGCAUAAUGAACGGCUCGAACGUCGACUAUCAGGUGCAUCACCUGUUGCUCGGUAAUGGAAGUAGUAGUAGUAGUAGUAGUAGUAGCGGUGGCGGCGGCACCAGUGCUAGUGGCGUCACCUAUGCAGAGGAAGCUGCGUUGGGCAGUAAUCUUAGCGCCCGGCUAGUGACCACCAACGAAAGUGUGCUAACGAUCGUUUCCUGCUACGAUGACUACAUGCCCAACGAGAUGCUGGUGGAGUUCGAGUUCUGGAUCAGUGGUGUGGUGAUGAAUGUGAUCGCACUGAUCGGUAUCCUCGGGAACAUCUUCUCGAUGGUGAUCCUGUCACGGCCCCAGAUGCGUUCCAGCAUCAACUAUCUGCUGAUUGGGUUGGCUCGCUGUGAUACGGUGCUGAUCCUCACCUCAGUACUCAUCUUCGGUCUGUGUGCGAUCUAUCCGCAUACGGGCUAUCUGUACUACUACCACUAUCAGAUCUUUCCGAAGAUUUCCCUAGUCGUGUAUCCGCUCGCGAUGAUCGCCCAGACAGCAAGCGUGUAUCUUACGCUUACGGUCACACUCGAACGGUACGUGGCCGUUUGUCAUCCGUUGCGAGCCCGCGCCCUCUGUACAUAUGGUAGAGCACGGUUAUACGUGGUGGGCAUACUGAUCUUUUCGAUCCUCUACAACCUGCCACGAUUUUGGGAGGUGACACUCAUAUCCUCCACCCAUCCGGACACCGGGCUCGUGAUCUACUGCGUAAAAGCGUCCGAUAUGCGCACGAACGAGACGUACAUCAAGGUGUACAUCCACUGGCUGUACAUGAUCUUCGUGUACUUUCUGCCCUUCAGCUUGAUCUCGUUUUUCAACCUGAUGAUCUACCGGCAGGUAAGGCGAGCGAACAAGGAACGCCAACGAUUAUCACGCUCCGAGAAGCGCGAGAUCGGUCUCGCAACAAUGCUGAUCUGCGUGGUGAUCGUGUUUCUGCUCUGCAACCUACCCGCCAUGAUGAUCAACAUCGUCGAAGCGUUCUACAGCGUGAUCAUCGAGUACAUGGUGAAGGUGUCCAACCUGCUCGUCACCAUCAAUUCGAGCGUCAACUUCUUCAUCUACGUCAUCUUCGGCGAAAAGUUUAAGCGCAUCUUCCUGCUGCUUUUUUGCAAACCCCGCGGCCGCCAAUCACCGGAUGACGGUCUUAUCCACGAUGACAGCUCCUUCUCGAACGGAGACGCCAGCAAUCGCAACUCGGGCCGUUUCCAGCGUGUCGGUACCACGCGCAGCACCUCGACCAAGCUGAGCAACUGCAGUAUGCGCACGAUCCGGACGACGGUCCGGAGUACGCGGGCCCCCUCGCCCGGCCCGAUCGUUUACUAUCCGGCACGGGAAACACUUCCCCGGCUCACCCAACCGCCAACGAUCACCCGCAGCAGCUCCAUGUUCCCGGACUGGAGCAAUGGUAGGGGGGAGAAUGGGUCCAACGGGGGUAUCAUGAUGGCGUCGUCCGGUUUCUAGGUUGGAGCAGUAACAGCACUGA